GACUGAUUGAGAUAAUGAUGAUUAAUAAAUAUUUUUUAUACAACGUAGCGAGUAUUUAGGAAAUAAUUACGCUUAGCCAGCCUGUCAAGUCCAUCAAUCACGGAUAUAAAUAAGACUACCGUCCUCUCCAUUUCAAUUUUUCACGACCAGUAUCUUUCAAACAUCUCAAACUUGAAAAUACUUCUCCCGAGAAGACACACCAUUCAGCAAUGAGGUCUACUACAUCUCUUCUAAUGGCGCUCACUUGCGCUUUACUGAUGGCCAUGGCACCACAACUAGCAUUUGCAAAGAGAUACAUUAUUGGAGGAAAUCAAGGAUGGAGUCCUAAUGUUAACUACACUGUUUGGGUUAAAGACAAGCACUUCUACUUCGGCGAUUGGCUAUAUUUCGUGUAUGAUCGGAACCAGCACAGUGUGCUUGAAGUGAACAAAACCAACUUCGAAUUGUGCAACACAGAUCACCCCAUGAAAAAUUGGACAACCGGAGCUGGAAGGGACGUUGUUCCUCUCAACGAAACCAGACACCGCUACUUUGUAAGUGGCAACGGAGCGUGUUAUGGGGGCAUGAAAUUGUCCGUCAGGACGGAGAAGCCUCCGCCCCCACCUAAAGCCGCCCCUAUUAAGAACGCUGCUGCUACUGCAAAGAUUUCUUACAAUUCUCACCUUGUUUUGCCUCUUGCAUUUGCCAUUGGUGCUGUUUGGGAUUCUUUCCUAAGAGUCAUGGGAUGAUCAUUCAAUAUCAUGAUUUCAGAUUUGUUGUAUUUGUAGAGUAUAAGUUAUUGAAAUGAACAGUAUAAUUUGUCUUUUUUGUUUGGAGUUUCUUAAAAACUCAACCUGUGUUGGCCUUUUCAUGAUUGUUGUAUUUCUUGAUUCAUUGGAGCAUGAUUUGCUUGUAAUAUUACUGCCCAAGGCAGUUUCAUUACAUUUUCUUUUCAGAAAAAUUAUUAGACUUUGGAUUACUCUUUUUGAUCUUA